AUUCACUUGCAAAUCAGUGUGUGCCCACAAGAGCCAGCUCUCCGGAGCCCGUAACCUUCCCAUCCCGGGAGCUGCAGUUUCAGCCGCGACAGUAAGAACGCAGUGCCCGCGACCGCGGCGGCGGCGGCGGCAGAGGCAAGAGCAGCCUGGGCGGGUCGCAGGGUCUCCCGGGCACAGAAAGGCGAGCAGAGAUAUCCUCUGAAAGCCAAGCAAAGAACAUUAAGGAAGAAAGGAGGAAUGAGGCUGGAUACCGUGCAGUGAGAAGAGGCGCUUCAAGGAGAGGGGGACUCACGGUGCUAUCAGCAUGAGAACUUACCGGUACUUCUUGCUGCUCUUUUGGGUCGGUCAGCCCUACCCAACUUUCUCCACUCCGUUAUCUAAGAGGACUAGUGGUUUCCCAGCAAAGAAAAGGGCCCUGGAGCUCUCUGGAAACAGCAAAAAUGAGCUGAACCGUUCGAAAAGGAGCUGGAUGUGGAAUCAGUUCUUUCUCCUGGAGGAGUACACGGGAUCGGAUUAUCAGUACGUGGGCAAGUUACAUUCAGACCAGGAUAGAGGAGAUGGAUCACUUAAAUAUAUCCUUUCAGGAGAUGGAGCAGGAGAUCUCUUCAUUAUCAAUGAAAACACAGGCGACAUACAGGCCACCAAAAGGCUGGACAGGGAAGAAAAACCCGUUUACAUCCUUCGAGCACAAGCUAUCAACAGAAGGACAGGGAGACCCGUGGAGCCAGAGUCUGAAUUCAUUAUCAAGAUCCAUGACAUCAAUGACAAUGAACCAAUAUUCACCAAGGACGUUUACACAGCCACUGUCCCCGAAAUGUCUGAUGUUGGGACAUUUGUUGUCCAAGUCACGGCAACCGAUGCUGAUGAUCCAACUUACGGAAACAGCGCCAAAGUCGUCUAUAGUAUCCUACAGGGACAGCCCUAUUUUUCAGUUGAAUCAGAAACAGGUAUCAUCAAGACAGCUUUGCUUAACAUGGAUCGUGAAAACAGAGAGCAGUACCAAGUGGUGAUCCAAGCCAAGGACAUGGGCGGCCAGAUGGGAGGAUUAUCUGGGACCACCACAGUGAACAUCACGCUGACAGAUGUCAACGACAAUCCUCCUCGAUUCCCCCAGAGUACAUAUCAAUUUAAAACCCCUGAAUCUUCUCCACCGGGUACACCAAUUGGCAGGAUCAAAGCCAGUGAUGCUGAUGUUGGAGAAAAUGCUGCGAUUGAGUACAGCAUCACAGAUGGUGAGGGGCUGGACAUGUUUGAUGUCAUCACAGAUCAGGAAACCCAGGAAGGAAUCAUAACUGUCAAAAAGUUUUUGGACUUCGAAAAGAAGAAAGUGUACACCCUCAAGGUGGAAGCCUCCAAUCCCCACGUGGAGCCCCGAUUUCUCUACCUGGGUCCCUUCAAAGAUUCAGCCACGGUGAGAAUUGUGGUAGAAGAUGUGGAUGAGCCUCCAGUCUUCAGCAAACUGGCCUAUGUCCUACAGAUAAGAGAAGAUGCUCAGAUUAACACAACAAUAGGCUCGGUCACAGCCCAGGAUCCAGAUGCUGCCAGGAAUCCCGUCAAGUAUUCUGUUGAUCGACACACAGAUAUGGACAGAAUCUUCAACAUUGAUUCUGGAAAUGGUUCAAUUUUUACAUCAAAACUUCUUGACCGAGAAACACUACUGUGGCACAACAUAACAGUGAUAGCGACAGAAAUUAAUAAUCCAAAGCAAAGCAGCCGAGUACCUCUAUAUAUUAAAGUUCUAGAUGUCAAUGACAAUGCCCCAGAAUUUGCUGAGUUCUAUGAAACCUUUGUCUGUGAAAAAGCAAAGGCAGAUCAGUUGAUUCAGACUCUACGUGCUGUUGAUAAGGACGACCCUUACAGUGGACACCAAUUCUCCUUCUCUUUGGCCCCUGAAGCAGUCAGUGGCUCCAACUUUACCAUCCAAGAUAACAAAGACAACACAGCAGGAAUCUUAACUCGGAAAAAUGGCUAUAAUAGACAUGAGAUGAGCACCUAUCUCCUGCCUGUGGUCAUUUCAGACAACGACUACCCAGUCCAAAGCAGCACUGGGACAGUGACUGUCCGGGUCUGUGCAUGUGACCACCAUGGGAACAUGCAGUCCUGCCACGCGGAAGCCCUCAUCCACCCCACAGGACUGAGCACGGGGGCUCUGGUGGCCAUCCUUCUAUGCAUCGUGAUCCUACUAGUGACCGUGGUGCUGUUUGCAGCUCUGCGGAGGCAGCGGAAGAAAGAGCCUUUGAUCAUUUCCAAAGAGGACAUCAGAGAUAACAUUGUCAGUUACAAUGAUGAAGGUGGUGGAGAGGAGGACACCCAGGCCUUUGAUAUCGGCACCCUGAGGAAUCCCGAAGCCAUAGAGGACAACAAAUUGCGUAGGGACAUAGUGCCUGAAGCUCUUUUUCUACCCCGACGGACUCCAACAGCUCGUGACAACACCGAUGUCAGAGAUUUCAUUAACCAAAGGUUAAAGGAAAAUGACACGGACCCCACGGCCCCCCCAUACGACUCCUUGGCCACCUAUGCCUAUGAGGGCACCGGCUCCGUGGCCGACUCCCUGAGCUCUCUGGAGUCAGUGACCACAGAUGGAGAUCAAGACUACGAUUAUCUUAGUGACUGGGGCCCUCGGUUCAAAAAGCUGGCAGAUAUGUAUGGCGGGGUGGACAGUGACAAAGACUCCUAAUCUGUUGCCUUUUUCAUUUUCCAAUACGACACUGAAAUAUGUGAAGUGGCUAUUUCUUUCUAUUUAUCCACUAUUCCGUGAAGGGUUCUCUGUUCUACCCGUUCCAAAAGCCAAUGGCUGCAGUCCUUGUGGAUCCAAUGUUAGAGACUUUUUUCUAGUACACUUUUAUGAGCUUCCAAGGCAAAUUUUUAUUUUUUAGUGCAUCUCAGUUAACCAAGUCAGCCCAGCAGGCGUGUGCGCGAGGAGAGGACAGGGAGCAGUAUUUUUACUUGUUCUCUUAGGGCGAGUUUGGAAAUUGCUGGCUUACCACUGGCCACUGAUUUACUAGACUCCAUUGCCUCAGGUCAGCAGACUGCUCCAACUGUACAUUUCACAUGCUAACGGGAUAAGGGAUUGUGCUUUAUUGAUAAAAAUAUAGUUAUAGUUUUUAAAAAAGUAAUAAUAAAGAAGGAGCCACUGGGAAGUCAAUCCUGAUAUAUCAGCUCAUGAGGAGAUAAUAACCUACAUAAAAGAAUUUCUGUUGCAAAGUAAAUGACAUUUAGCCCAUCCUGUUUGUGCUUUAAGAACUUUUGCUGACACCAACUAUUAUUCAGAACAUCAAAUCCACAUUUUAAGAUUCUCAUUUCUCUUAAGGAGUAAAAGCAAAUGAAAUGAUAACAUUCAAAGAUAACAAUAACAGAAAAGUAAUAAGACUUCAUUAAUUUGUUAUAUAUGAGACAUGCAAGAGUUUGCCAUAACACCAUAGGAAGAGAAAGAGAAAAUAGCGAAUGAUAUUAACGAAUGAAAUGUUUAGCAUAUUUGAAAGUUUUGGCUACCAAUGUAUCGCAGAUCACUUGAAAUUGUUUCAACUAUCAGUAGGCUAAUGACAAAUAAGUAUAAUUGUUUAAAGGUUUCUGAAAGAAUUUUUUUGAGACGAAUGUUGUCUGUGCUUGUUUUCAGUAUUAUUCCACUAUACCCAAAAGCAGCAAUGUUAAGUACAAUAUCCUUCAGCUACUUCUCACCUAAUUCACUUGGCUUAGUACAGUUAGAUUAAAUGAACUCAAAUCCUCCUCUUGGAGAUCCAGGGAGAGGUUAGAGCUAGCCACAUAUGAACCUAACACUCUGCCCUUCACAUCCAGAAGCAUUUUCAAACUUACCCGGGUAAAGAUGGACACCCCUGAGAUCAUUAUGAAAAUAUUCAUUUCGUGUCUGGAAGAUGCUUACAAACUUGGAUUCCCUUCAACAAGAGUGUUUAAUAUUGGAAUUAAAAUGAUAUUUGACUUUCAUAUGUAUUAACUUUUUCCAUUGUUUUUAACUUUGCUUCCAUAGCAAUCUUUCCAUCGUUGUCUCUGAACUAAUGAUAAAGUAAUGGUCUCAAACUAUGAUAGAAAAGUAAUGUAAAAUCCAUCCAAUCUAUUAUUUCUCUAAUUAUGCAAUUAGCAUCAUAGUCAGUUAUUAUCCAGGGGACCCAAGUGAACUGAACUAAUCCUUCUGGCAGGUUCAAAUCAUUUAUCUCAUAUGGCUGUUCUAAUGACUUUUAUCAUUAGAAUCUUACAUCGUACAGUCAUCAGAAAUUUCUGAAGUACUGUAAUGAAAAAAUCCUUGCUUGAAAACUUUAAAAAUAGACUCUGUGUAUAUCUAUUCAUAAUAUAUACUUGAAAACAUGCUGGCUUCACUUAUUAGUCUUAGGGAUUUGUUUUCAAUUAAUGUUAAUUUUCUGCAGAUAAUCUCGAUGUCAUUUUCAUUUGGAGACAAUGGCAUAUCAGCAUAUAUUUUCUAUUUGGAAACAUACUACUGUUCAGUUAAGUUUAAAUAGGUAUUUUUUCCCAGGAAGUAAAUGUGAGCACCUAUAAAACAAGAGAAAUGUGGAAUUCGGGUUAAAGUGAAAAUAUUUUUACAACCAUAUUAUUCCUUGUGUUUCCUAAAUGGCUUCCUAAUUUUUAAUGGUCUGCCCUUGAUUCUAACAAGUAUUUCAUGCUUGGCCUAUUCCAAGCCUUUUUUUAAAAUUUAAUUUUAUUUUUCUAGUUCUUUAUACACACAGAGACACACACACACACACACACACACACACACACUCACACACACAGAGGAAUGCAUACUAAAAGUUACAGGAGGGCUUCACUGUAAUGAAUCAGUAUGUAUUAUAGUCACAGGUAAGUGUUGAAAAAAGAUAGCUCAGUAAAAUUAAUUAAUAAGUACUAGGUAUAGCAAUAGAACAGCACGUUAAUCACACAAUUUACUGUAAAACUAAAGAAUGCUCUAUCCUUGUGAUUCAUGUCAUGUAACAAAUUGAACCAAGAAAAAUAGUUCAGUAGAAAAGAAAGGUAUCAUCAAAAGUUGUUCUUUUGAACUUUUGGGGUUAAUUGGAAUUCUGAGGGUUGACACUAGCAAUUUCCUACAUUUCAGGGCAAAGUUGAUUUCUCCUUCUAAGUGAAAUCAAAUAGCUCUAUCGUGGGACAUUUGAAAUGUAAUUGGCAGGGUACAGUAUCAUGCCAAAAAUGGAUUAGUAGACUAAGUAUUGAAAUUAGUAUUUAAUAUCUUAACAUAAAAGCUCAUGGUGUAGGAAACCUGUAGGAUAUUGGAUGCUUUGAGCCUAGAACUGAAUAUUUAGUACUACUGUCCUGCAAGGAUCGAGUUGAAGUGGCAUUUUCUUAUGAGACCCCUUGAAAACCUGCAAACAGUAAGAGCUUCAGUUCCAUCAAUCUCCUGCCUGGUCUUACUUUCUUCCCACCAAAAUAUCAGCUCAAACACCACUUGCACAUGCACGUUUCUUUAAGUGCAAGGUCGUGGGUCAACAUGAACAGGUUACUGAAGAAAAAAAAAAUCGUUCUCAUCUCAGUUUUCACAUUGUCUAUGUCCUCGUUUUAGAUACUGGUGAUGAGAAAGAGGGAAGGAGGGGGAAGAAGUAAAAUUUCAGUAUUUGUUUUAAUCACUAAAAAGCUUAAAGUCAUUCAACAGAAACAGGUCGCUUUUGUGUAAAGUGUCGUUUCGAGGACACUGAAGCCUUUCUGACUUUUUCCCCCUCUGUGCAAAAGGAAGAGUUUCUUUAAACCACUAUGAUACUCCCUAAAAUGAGCUAAAAUUUUAAAAACAUUAAGCCAUUGCACAUAAGUUUGAAACCCCUUCGCUUCAUACCCACUUCCUACUGAAAAUAUUUGCCGCCAUAUAAGUAAAUAAAUCAAACAGGAAAGUAGCAACGAUGGUUUCAUAAAACCAUAUGAGAAUCUGAGCACAGUAAAUAUAUAUUUCCUUCAGAACUUUCCUGUUUUUAUAGUUUGGGUGCAUAAGGGAGGCACGGCUACAAAAUUACUCCAUUUUCAGAUGGAACAAAGCUGGUGAUUCAAUUUUAACACAGUAUAAAAAUAUGUGGCUUAGUUUUCAUUUUCAGCUCCUAAAAAGUUGCGCAAGAAGUUCUUAAAAAUUGAAUCUGGAUCUUCAAAGCAUCCAAAUUUUGUGGAUUCAAAAUAACUUUGUGAUGUUUCCAUUACUUUACUUCUAAGUCUAUAAAUUUUAGAUGUCCUGAAUUGCCGAACAAUAUCUCACAUCAAAUGCUUUGCCCUAGAAUGGGUAUUUCCUGGGAGAUAAUAAUGUACCAACUACCAAUUGGGCAUUCUUAGAUUUUUAUAUGCUUGAGCACUGUAAAAAAGUACACAAUUGAAAGGAGAGAACAAAGUUGAUUCCCGGGUGCAAACUAAAUAUUUAAAUCAGGUAUCCAUCCUUAUCAGCUAAAUUCGUUUUUCCCAAGGAACACAGAACCACCAAAUGAAUUCUUUCAUCCAAGUUACCAGUUUUGAAGUGAUGUAAUUACUUUGGAAGAACACUCUAAAAAGUCAUGAUCCCCACUAUUUUGAAAGACAUCUUCUGAAAAGGAUCAUUUUAGUGUAAUUUUAAUUUUCAUGUCUUAUCUAGAUGAAAUCUUUUUUGAAUUGUGACAUUGUGGCAGGGGACUCGAAAUCCAAGCAGUCGGCUGUGUUUAAAUUAACACUACAACCCAACCUUCUUUAUCGGAUGAUAAGAGUAGAAAGAUUAACACUUGGUAUGUGAAUCUUCAGGAGAUGAACUAUUUCCUCAGUUCUGACAAGCAGUUUUCUUUUCCAGAGAAUACAAAACUACAGUAUGGUCUCCUUAAAAUUUCAGCAACUAUUAUGGGUGCAGCAUUUUUUAAUCUCCCUUUGGCAUCUUUAUGGAAUAAUUUUCUAAAGGGAUAAUUCUCUACUAAAAAUACCAGACCCCAACCAUAUUUAAUGUGGAGAACGAUACCCUCUUAGAGCAAAUGCAUUGACUCACACACUUGUUACAAGUUAAUAAAGAAAUAGCUCAUUUUUAAAACCAGAACUUUAUGGUCUCUGCAUCAUCAAUUUAAUUUAAGCAUUGCUGAGACAAUCCUUAAUCUACUCCUCAUUUUGUAAUACCUUAUUUAUGAUGCAUUUUCAUUUUUUAAUUUGGGGGGAACGUUAGCCUCACAGAGCCAGCAGAUGAAAGUGUUGAAAGGAGGUCAAAUGGAAACAAAGGCUAUUACCCACUAUAUUUCAGACAGGACUGAGGCACUUAGUCGAAGAGCCACUGGGUUAUUAGAUUAAUUUCAAAAGAGCUUUUACAAGUUGCUUAAUUCCAUUUUUUUUUUAAACCCAUGGACCACAAACUCAAAUUUCUCCUCAAAUGGGGUUAAUUUGACAAAUGAGGCAUAGACCCAGCGUUGUGGAAAAAGCAUUCCUCUAUAAUGAGAUCUUGGUCUUUCUUGGGAGGCUACGCUAUUUAUGUAAAUAUAUCUGGAGGCACAUUCUAUAAGCGUUUAGUUUUCUAUGAUCUAUUAGUUUAGUGUUUAUUAAAGAAUCAAAUGUAUAGAAUUACUAGGCAUUCGGGGAGAAUGCUGUGUAGCAAAUGUAAACCGGAUCUGCUCGGAAGAGACACAAGAACACUUCAAAGCCACUGUACUGUUUUGUUUGUGAUUAUUUUCUUUGCUUCGAGAAUGAACUACGUCAGAAUAGGCCUUAUAAUAAAUGCUAUGUGCGUCUUCAGUGAUACCAAGCUAAGGCAAUUUGGCAUUCUCCUACUGUGAUUUGUGACUUUAAACCAAGAAAAUAAAAGCUUUUUGGUAUUGAUUGUAUUUAAUUAAAAAUACUUCCAAGUGUAAAUUGAAACUGAUGCCACCCUUAAAGAUUGACUGGGUGGAGUGUUCCGUUCACCUUACUUUUCUCUUUCAUGUCUUUGGCUAUGAGAAUCCCUGAUGUAAAACAAUCCCUGCUCUGCUUCCAUCCACAUGUCUAGUUAGGCAAAUUUUCAUAACUUCACCGUUUUCGUAGGAGAGUUUUCUGUAUUAGAAGAGUGGGAUUGAAACAAUUACCUUUUAGCUCAGCGUGGUUAGGCCUUCCUUGUAGUCAAAUGGCAAAUACGCACUCCUUGAAAUGGUUUCUUUUCUUUUGUUUUGUUUUCUUAGACUUAUAAAUUUGAAAAGAAUGCAAUUUAAAAAGUGAUUUCUCACAAAGAGUAAAUAUGCCUUUUGCAAAUCAAUUUUUGUAACAAGUUAUUUAUAUGAUAUUACUUAAUAAACUGGUUUUUUUUCUAA